AUGAGUGGAAGCAAUCGAUCCAAUUAUGAUAAGGCAGGAAUGGAUCCACAUUUUUACUUUCAAAGAUUUAUAAUAUCUUCUUGCAUGCAGGAUAUUGAAAUUCGCCAUUUAAGAAAUGGAAAUAAAUCAGCAAAUUGGAAAAAAGCCAUACCGAUUAAAAUUGCGCUUCAGGAAGCUAAUUGGCGUAUGCUUGAUAUAAAAGAGGAUCAUUAUUCUAUGAAAAAGGAAAUCAAAGAAAUUGAAAUGGAAGAAGCAGAUGAUAAAAAGACAAAAUUCAUUACUUUGAAGUUCGAAGAUAAGGACAUGCUCACAUUUACUGCAGCACCAGAAAUAUUAGAUUUAUUUUAUACAUGUAUCAGCUUAAUUCUUAAUAAAUCAAUUCAAACUGAUUAUACAACACAAAGCCUAUCAGAAUUUAGAAAGUUGAUAAUCAACAGGCUGAACUUCAAAAAGAGAUACGAUAAAGAAUAUGCAAUUCCCGAGCUUCCGCCAGAACCAACAUGCUUUCCAUGUAUUAAUCCCAAUGUACUUAAAAACUAG